GAUUAACGUCAAUGGCCCGGCGGGCCUUGAACAUUAAAAAUAGCUCAAGCGCAGGAAGGAUGUGGUUUUAGUUCGUCCAAAUGCGUUCCUCACAGUUGUUUGUUCCUAAGCAACAGAGGCGCCUCGCGCGUGCGUCAUUUCCUCCAAAGCGCCUGUGUUGGUAUCUCACUACGGACUCAGUAGUAGCGACAAGAAAUCCGAGCGAGACGCACUGACCACGCGCGCACCUUCUCCUAGCGCCUCUGCCAAACUUCAAACCUUUUGUUUAGCUUUUUUCUCCGCGAAGGACGCCUUUCACCACCCGGUUCUCAGCGUGCAUCGUGUUACCCAAAGGAUUAAAGUCACUAUUAAGGACGUCAAAUCCUCGCGGGACUUAAUUCGGGUUUGUUGUUUGCCUCUGGAAAGAACUGUUGACUUUUCCCCACUAUAAGUGGCAUUCAAAGUGAUUACAAAACAAAUUUUAUUAAAAACGAAAAUUUUGGGAACUGUACUGCACUAAUUAGUUUCUCGUGCUGUUAUCUUGAGCGCGCGCUCACUCGCUCGCAAACGAAGCCUUGACUCGGCAUGGCUGGACUCACCACGGGUUUAACGCACGAAUCGCGAUGCAUUUCUGUUUUUAGAAAGAGAAAGUGACCGUGCUCCGUUCCUAAUGCCUGAUGUGAAAUCCCCCUGUGGUUUCCAGGUGUCUGAGAAUGAGCACGGAUCUGGAGCGCGCUUCCCUCAAGUCGGGCGCGAACUCGCUGGGCUCCGGUGGCCGCACACUCUCCGUUAACGUCAAGAAGUUGCACAACGCGCUCAACGUGCUGCUCAACGACUUCGAGAGGGAGCAGUUUAUCCACUGUCUUAACGUUUACCACGCCAAGCGCAAUGUCUUCGAUCUCGUGCAGACUCUCAAAGUCAUUCUCAACACCCCCCACAAGCGCCAACUGUUACCCAUGCUGCGCCUGGUCAUUCCCCGCUCGGACCAGCUGCUGUUCGACCAGUACACAUCAGAAGGGCUUUAUCUGAAAACGGAUUUGCUGGCGGCUAGUGUCAAACAUGAGUGCUCGGAAGACCUCAGCAGCACGAACGCGCACGCAGGAGCUUCCUCGGUGCACUUUGCGCCUCAGUCUGAUCAGGCCGGUCCCAGCCACGGCUCUCUGCGCCCGGCUUCUGUUUUCAGCACCUCUGCUGAAGGGACAGCGCCCGCACUCAUGCUGGAAGCGCCGAGCGAAAUCCGCCAGGUGACCCUGAAACGAAGCAAGAGUCACGAAGGCCUGGGAUUCAGCAUUCGGGGUGGGUCGGAACAUGGAGUUGGCAUCUAUGUGUCCUUAGUGGAGCCAGGGUCGUCCGCUGAGAGAGAGGGGCUGAGAGUUGGAGACCAGAUCAUGAAAGUCAACAACGUGGUGUUUGAUCGAGUCACUCAUGGAGAGGCAGUCAAGGUCUUGAAGGGCUCGAAGAAGCUGUCGAUGUCAGUCUGUUCAAUGGGGCGGAUCCCAGGAGGUUAUGUGACCAAUCAUGUGUACACAUGGGUAGACCCUCAGGGCCGCAGUGUGUCUCCUCCUCCAGACCUGGUGGAGCAGCACAGCUUAGGGGGAAGACUCUCGGACCUCCACACAAACACUGAGAAAAAGGUGAAUAUCUCACUGGAUGAUGGCCGAUCUUUGGGUCUGAUGAUCCGAGGUGGUGCUGAAUACGCUCUGGGCAUUUAUAUUACUGGAGUGGACCGAGGCUCUGCUGCCGAGUACAGCGGACUGAAGGUAGGGGAUCAGAUUUUGGAAGUGAAUGGACGUAACUUCCGGAGCAUCUGUCAUGAUGAGGCCGUUCAGAUCUUGAAAAAUUCACGCCACAUGCUGAUGACCAUAAAGGACGUGGGCCGACUGCCUCAUGCUCGCACUGUGGUGGAUGAGACCAAAUGGAUCCCCAGCGCGCAGAUCGCUGAGAGCUCAGCCAACAGCAACAGCCAGAGUAUUCUGUCUGUUGAUGUCGGAACAGGAAGUUUAGGGAAG